AUGAGUUCAUUAAAUAUUCCUUUUUCCAUGGCAAAAUAUUAUGACGUGAAUCCUGAAGGCCAAACAUAUUUUAGUGGACAAGAAAGAAUGGAAUGUCUUAUGACGUACCUUCCCUUCAUCAUAUCACAUUUUAAGAAAGCGAGCAUUGGAAAAAAGGGUCAAUCUUUCCAGGAUUUCUUCUCGUGUUUUAUGGUAAAAGCUUUCUUAGUGUCUUGUUUAAGACACAAAUUAAAAAUUACCACAAUUUCGGUUUUAAUUUUUGUGGUAAUAUUAGACGUCAGUGACAUCCAUGAGAAAAGAGAUAAGACGGUGAAGGUAGGAAAAGAAACUUCACCGAAAGAGAAAAAUUAUCAGACAAAUGUCGCCAAGUACAAAAUUCAAUUACGUAAAAAUAUUCAAUCCUGGAAAAUCUUGUUUGCAUAA